ACCUAAAGAAGAUUUGCUUUCGGAAUCAUUAAUGAAAAGUUUGCGAAGUCGAAAAGACGUGUGAGUGACAAAAAUUUUCAAAAAAACACGUGAAAAGUUCAUUAUAUACAUACAUAACUGGUAGUAGUAGGUGAUUUAAGACAACAUGAAAGGAACCGUAGCCAUUGUUUUGGCGAUCUGCGUCUGUGCGGCGGCAGCAGAGGAGCUCGAGAGCAGGCGUGACUUUCACAAAUUACAUUAUAGCCAACAUCAACAGACGGUGCAAGAAGCUAAGCAAAAACUUGGAGAUGUAGCAACUGGUUUCGAUGGUCAGCACCACGGUUCAUUUGAAGAAGUCAGCUCUUAUGGCGGCGUUGGUACAGUCGGACUUUCCAGUGGUAGUGGCGGCUAUGGCAGCAGCGGCUAUUCCGGUCAGCAAAGCUCAUCUGGUCUGGCUGGUCUAUCAGCAGUUGAUUUGAAUAGUGGUUCUUCUUUUGGUGCCUCUACCAACAGCGCUGCUUCAUUCGGUGCCAGCCACUCAGCUAACUUUGGUAGCUCAUCUUCUUUCGGUGCAAGUUCGAAUUUCGCUAGUGGCGCGAGUAAUGGCGCCUCUGUUGUGAUACCCGUGACGUCAGGUGGUGCCACAAGUAGUAUUACUGAGCAAACUGAAAAUGUGCAUCAACAAGUUAUUCCCGAAGUUGUCGCAACCGGAAGCGGCUCUGCUGGUCAUGAAAGCUAUGUUCAUGAAGAACGUCGUUCGGAAAGUCUACCAGUUAUCACCUACGCUGCCCCAGCUGGUGGUUCUGAAAACUAUGUACACCAUGAGGAACGUCGUAUACAAUCUCAAACUGCGGCUCCUAUUGUAACUUACUCACCAUCAGGUGGUCAUGAAAGCUAUGUACAUCAUGAGGAGCGUCGUACGCAAAGCCAACCUGUUAUCCAAUACACUGCACCAGCUGGCGGCUCCGAAAACUAUUACCAUCACGAGGAACGACGUGUUGCAGCUCAACCAGUUAUUCAAUACACUUUGCCCAGUGGCGGUGCUGAAAACUAUGUACACCAUGAGGAACGCCGUGUACAAAGCCAAGCUGUGCCUGUUAUCCACUACAGCGUACCAUCUGGUGGAUCUGAGAAAUAUGUAUCCAUUAAAGAGGAACGCGUUCAACAAGCUGCACCCGUCCAAGUUAUUGCUCCUACUGGCCACGAGUCGUAUGUGAAAUAUCGCAAAAUAACCACUGCAGCUCAACCACAAGUGAUCGUACCAGCUGUAGGUAGUACGCACUCCUCCUAUGUGCAACACUCCGCGAACGCUGCAUCACAAUUAAACAAUUUAGUGAGCGGCGCAUUGACUGCAGGUCAGACCGGUUACACUGGCAUCGGUUCAGGUGCUUUAACUGCCGCUAACUCCGGUUUCGGUACGCAAAGUCAUUUUGGUGCUCAAAGUGGAUUCAGCGCACAGCACGGAUUUGGUGCACAAAGUCAGUUCGGAGCCCAACAUGGUUUAAGUAGCGGAUACGGUGCUGCUAGCAACGCUGCACUUUCUCAAGGCGUUGGCUUUGGCGCACAAUCAAAGUUUGGCUCACAGUUUGGUGCUGAAUCCAGCUACAACUCGAAAUUCGGUUCAAGUUUCGGCGCCGAUUCUUCUUUUGGCGCAAACUCAGGUUUGUCUGCUGGUCUAAGCGCCUCAGGCUUACAUCAUUAUAUCGCCGAAUCCGAACGUUUGGCCAAGGCUCAAGCUCAAGACAUUGGCUACGGUGGAGUACGUGCUGGAGGUAGCCAAUUGGCUGAUUUCUCAGCUGGAUAUGGCAGCAAUGCUGGUCUUGUCGGUGGCGCUGGCGUCGGUGCUGGUGGUUUUAAGACGAAAUCUUGGGAAAAGGCAUCCAAAUGGUCUUCACAAUCUGAGUUUGGUCCUGACGGUCAAGUGAAGAACUUCAAGGAAUUAUCUACUGGAGAAAGUGAGAACUACGACAUCAAUGGCAAGCGUGUCGGCUACAAGGCAGCGACGACGACCCUCGAUGACAAUGGCAAGGUUAGCAGUUACAGCCUCCACACAUAAGGUUCAUUGCAAUUGUGUAGUCAAUACAUUUAAAUGUGUUCUUUCACGCCUAGUUAGUUUGCGUAUUUUUUUAUUCUAAUUUUAAAGUACACAAAUCUAAUCGAUAAUAAAAAUUUGUUAAUAUAAAACAA